GAAAAUAAAAAGGAGACCUAUUUGAUACCUUUCUCUAAAUUUUUAUGUAGAUACUCCUCGCAGUCUUGCCUCUCUCAAGUUGAAAACCCUCUCUCUCUCUCAAUUCUCAAACAAUCAAAUUCUGAGUUGUAAAGCUUCAGAAGUUAUGGGAAAGGACUCCAAGUCUAAGGAUUCUGGAAGCAAGGGAAAGGGUAAACAGGCUGCUGGUGGAAGUGAGGAUAAUGCUUCGAAAGGAAAAGGAAAAGGUGGGAAAGGAGAUGGCCUUGGAACCUGCACAUAUGUUAAAGCAAGGCAUGUCUUAUGUGAGAAGCAGUCAAAGAUUAAUGAAGCAUACAAAAUACUACAGGAAGGCUGGCUGAACAACGGAGAUAAAGUUCCACCAGCUGAGUUUGCUAAGGUAGCUGCAACUUACUCGGAAUGCCCCUCAGGAAAGAAAGGUGGGGACCUGGGAUGGUUUCCACGUGGCAAGAUGGCAGGCCCAUUUCAGGAAGUUGCCUUCAAUACCCCUGUUGGAGCUACCAGUGCACCCUUUAAAUCAACACAUGGAUACCAUUUCAUUUUAUCUGAAGGGAGGAAGAACUGAAAUCUCUGAGCAUUUAGAUAGACAUGGGAUAGUGGCAGUUGUAGCAGAGAACCGACUAUUUGGUCAUCUGAUACUUAUUGCUGAGACUAUCUUCUGGUUAAGUUAAUAAAAUACAACUGCUUUGUGGAUUGCAAGUGUAAUGAUAAAACAAGUAAACAUGUCAAUGAUUGGAUCAAAGCAUCUUACUGGCUCAUGUGUGUUAUUUUGAAGUCUAUGAUCUCGUACUCAUUGAACUACCACAUUGUGAGAAUGAGUUACAAAGGGUGAAUUGUUUAUAGCGCUUAGAUUGACCAAUUGAUUAUCAUCCUUGAAACAUCGUUGCUAUUGCUGAA